CUAAUUUCUCUCUUCCAAUUCCCAUUCUCACUUCCAAUUCUCCACCAACCUAAAAACCUCAAUUUCUAGGGCUUAAUCAACACAUUCUCUACUAAUUCCAAUGGCAUUUUCCUGAACAAUAAUAAUGGCGGCUUCUUCUAGAGGAUUCACAGCGCCCGUAGGGGCUAAGCUUGAUGUAUCACCCUCUGCUUAUUAUUAUUGCCGUAAUAAUGGGGGGUUUGUGGAGUUCCGAAGGAAGAAGAGGAAGUUAAUUAGUAAUAUAAAAUGUUGUUGUUCAGAUUCAGCAAUGCCAAUUAAUUCAGGGAAUGGUGUUGAUAAAAGUGGAGGAGGUGAGGAUUGGAGGUUUGAUGCUAAGAAGAUCAGUGCUAAUUAUAUGAGGAUUCAAGCUUCUUCUUCUAUGCCCUUUCCUUCUCCUCAGUCUAGAUUUGUUUCAAAGCCGGAAAAAUUCUUUUCACGUUGUAUCCCAAGAAAUUCAGGCCCUCAGUCCCGUGACUCUCCACCAAAGCGAGACACUGGUAUUGCUAAUGAGAAAGACUGGGGCAUCAGUCUUUUAAAUGAUAAUGUCAAUGAAACUGGGAAAAAUGAAGAUGGCAGUACAUGGUAUCGAGAGAGUGGAGAAGACCUUGGUGACAAUGGAUACCGAUGCCGUUGGACAAGGAUGGGCGGUCAGAGCAAUGAUGGUACCUUAGAAUGGAAAGAAACGUGGUGGGAGAAAAGUGAUUGGACCGGAUACAAAGAACUAGGUGUGGAGAAAUCUGGGAAAAAUGCUGAAGGGGACUCAUGGUGGGAAACAUGGCGGGAAGUUCUUCACCAAGAUGAAUGGAGUAAUCUUGCUAGGAUAGAAAGGAGUGCACAAAAACAAGCAAAAUCAGGCACAGAGAAUGCUGGGUGGUAUGAGAAUUGGUGGGAAAAAUAUGAUGCUAAGGGUUGGACAGAGAAAGGGGCCCACAAGUAUGGCAGAUUAAAUGAACAGUCUUGGUGGGAGAAAUGGGGGGAGCAUUAUGACGGGAGAGGGUCUGUUCUUAAAUGGACAGACAAGUGGGCGGAAACUGAGCUUGGAACAAAAUGGGGAGACAAAUGGGAAGAGAAAUUUUUUGCUGGCAUUGGUUCACGACAAGGGGAGACUUGGCACGUGUCACCCAGCUGUGAAAGAUGGUCAAGGACAUGGGGAGAGGAGCACUUUGGUAACGGCAAAGUGCACAAGUAUGGCAAGAGCACAACGGGUGAAAGUUGGGACAUCGUUGUGGAUGAAGGAACUUAUUACGAGGCCGAACCUCACCAUGGAUGGGCAGAUGUAGUAGGGGAUUCAACCCAAUUAUUGUCAAUUCAACCUCGAGAAAGACCGCCUGGUGUAUUCCCAAAUAUGGAUUUUGGUCCAUCUGUACCUCCAGAAGAUGAAUUGCCUCCCACCUCCUCACAAUGACAAGCAGAACAAGGUGGUUUCUUAAGAAGCAGGGUUUAUGUUGAAUGUUGGUAGUUGACAAGUUCUCAAAAUUUGAUUGUAAUUGGCAACUCUCUCAUUUUGUAAAAGAAGAUACUUUUGCCACUAUUAAUUUAUUUCAUUCUUUUAGGAAUUUAAAUCAA